AGAUUUAUGCCGUAGUGGUGAAAAUCUAAAUGACAGCAAGGAUGUUUUUAAGAAAAAACAUCUAUAUAUGUCUGGGGAAAAAAUUGGUCGUGGUCGACGUGAUAUUCCAGCCUCCGAGUACUUAACCGUAGGGGUGUCCGUGCGAGUUCUACUACAGCCAAGGCUUGCCUCAUGAAUAUGAAUUACGUCACCCAUUCUCGCUAACUGAUUGGUGAAACGGCUCGACGUUUGUACGUGGGCGCAGGUGAGAUGGCCAACCAGCGAGCCCUAUAGAGUUAAAGUCGCAGCUCAUGAAUGGUUAUGAGAUGUCGUGACUGGACGUCGCUCACGAGGUGAAGGUUUUACCGUAAUGAAGCAGAGCGGAUAAAUCUCCGCUAGAGCGAGGCGAAGAGCGCGUCAAUCAUCGACUGAGAAGAAGCGAUUCGUGCUUAUUUGGACAGAAAGACACACAUAUGUGUAUGCCAGUGCUCGGCUUUAUUCAGCACUCAUAAGACAUUAAUAACGGGAUCUGAGGCUGUUAUCGCGCAUCAGCACCCGUCGUCAUCAUGGGUAACAGAGGCAUGGAGGAUCUCAUCCCGCUGGUGAACCGGCUGCAGGACGCCUUCAGCUCCAUCGGACAGAGCUGUAACCUCGACCUGCCGCAGAUCGCUGUGGUGGGAGGACAGAGCGCCGGCAAGAGCUCCGUGCUGGAGAACUUCGUGGGCAAGGAUUUUCUGCCUCGUGGCUCUGGAAUUGUCACCCGCAGACCUCUCGUUCUUCAGCUCAUCACUUCCAACACAGAGUGGGCAGAGUUUCUGCACUGCAAAGGGAAGAAGUUCACCGAUUUUGAUGAAGUCCGUCAAGAGAUUGAAGCCGAGACGGACCGGGUCACUGGGGCAAAUAAGGGCAUUUCUCCCGUUCCCAUCAAUCUGAGGGUGUCUUCCCCUCACGUGCUAAAUUUGACGCUCAUAGACCUGCCCGGCAUCACUAAAGUUCCAGUGGGAGAUCAGCCGGCAGACAUCGAGCAUCAGGUCCGUGAUAUGAUCAUGCAGUUCAUAUCUCGAGAGAGCUGUCUGAUUCUGGCCGUCACCCCCGCUAACACUGACCUGGCCAACUCUGAUGCUCUGAAACUGGCCAAAGACGUCGACCCGCAGGGUCAGAGAACCAUCGGUGUGAUCACUAAACUAGACCUGAUGGAUGAAGGUACAGACGCUCGAGAGGUUUUAGAGAACAAGCUGCUUCCUCUCCGUAGAGGUUAUACUGGGGUGGUGAACCGAAGUCAGAAGGACAUUGAUGGGAAGAAGGACAUUAAAGCCGCUCUGGCAGCCGAGAGGAAGUUCUUUCUCUCUCAUCCAUCCUACAGACACCUGGCUGACAGCAUGGGCACCCCACACCUGCAGAGAGUCCUCAAUCAGCAACUGACCAAUCACAUCCGGGAUACUCUGCCAGCGUUCCGCAGUAAACUGCAGUCACAACUUCUCGCUCUGGACCGAGAAGCUGAAGAGUAUCGACACUACCAGCCCGAUGAUCCGUCACGCAAGACCAAGGCCCUUUUACAGAUGGUCCAACAGUUCUCUGUAGAUUUUGAGAAGCGCAUUGAAGGUUCUGGUGAUCAGGUGGACACUGUGGAGCUGUCGGGCGGAGCCAAGAUUAACCGCAUCUUCCACGAGCGCUUUCCCUUCGAGCUGGUCAAGAUGGAGUGCAAUGAGAAAGAAAUGCGGCGUGAAAUCAGCUACGCCAUCAAGAACAUUCACGGUAUCAGGACGGGUUUGUUUACACCUGACAUGGCCUUUGAGGCUAUCGUGAAGAAACAGGUGGUGAAGUUAAAGGAGCCGUGCAUUAAAUGUAUUGAUCUGGUGGUUCAAGAGCUGAUCAACACCGUCCGUCAGUGCUCCAAUAAGCUGGAUUCUUUCCCUCGACUGCAAGAGGAAACCGAGCGGAUUGUGACGUCUUAUAUACGUGACAGAGAGAGCUGUGCUAAAGAACAGGUUUUGUUGCUUAUUGAUGUUCAGCUGGCAUACAUCAACACAAACCACGAGGAUUUCAUCGGCUUCGCAAAUGCUCAGCAGAGAAGCAGUCAGGCAAACAAGAAGAGUUCAGCUGGAAAUCAGGUGAUUCGUAAGGGCUGGUUGACCAUCAACAAUAUCAGCAUCAUGAAAGGAGGAGCGAAGGAGUACUGGUUUGUGCUGACUGCUGAGAGUCUGUCCUGGUUCAAAGAUGAUGAGGAGAAAGAGAAGAAGUACAUGCUGCCAUUGGACAACCUCAAGGUACGAGACGUAGAGAAAAGCUUCAUGUCAAGCAAGCACAUGUUUGCCAUCUUCAACACAGAACAACGAAAUGUUUUUAAGGACAAUCGGUUUCUGGAGUUGGCAUGUGACACUCUGGAGGAGGUGGACAGCUGGAGAGCAUCGCUUCUGCGCGCCGGAGUUUAUCCAGAAAAGGCUUCUGUGGAAAGUGAAAGUUCUGGUCAAUCUGAGAACUUCUCCAUGGAUCCUCAGCUGGAGAGAAAAGUGGAGACGAUCCGUAACCUGGUGGACUCCUAUAUGGCCAUUGUUAGCAAAUGCAUCCGUGACCUUAUGCCCAAAUCCAUUAUGCACCUCAUGAUCAAUAAUGUGAAAGACUUCAUUAACGCUGAGCUUUUGGCUCAGCUCUAUUCGGCUGGAGAUCAGAACGCUCUGAUGGAUGAGUCGCAGGAGCAGGUGCAGCGCAGGGAAGAGGUUCUGCGCACUCAUCACGCUCUGAAAGAGGCUCUGGGCAUCAUUGGAGAUAUUUCCAGCACCACCAUCUCCACUCCACUGCCUCCUCCUGUGGACAACUCAUGGCUACAUACUGGACAGAGCGGCUCUCGCAGGUCUCCUCCACCCAGUCCAACCGCCCCGCGCAGGAUGUCAGCGGGUCAGAAGCCGGCCGGUAGAGGAGCUCCUCCACCUCCAUCCCGUCCAGGACCUUUAGGGCCCUUAAAUAACAGCGCUGACAGCCCGCAAGUUCCCAGUCGGCCCAACAGAGCGCCCCCUAGCAUUCCCAGCCGUCGGCCACCACCUUCCCCAACCAGACAGGUUCCUCCGUAAACCUCUGUUACUGCUCUUUCUGUCCGCUUCUCAUUUAAACAAUGAAACAACAUGUGUGUGGUGUACCGAAGCUCUGGAUGAUGUAAGAAGCUCAAUGUAAAGCCUGCAUGUUUCUCUUGUGUAUUUCUGCUCUGUCGUGCUGGUGUCAGUUUUGUGUUUUUGUGUCAGUGCCUGUGAUUGACUUCACUUCAUUCCGUCUGUCUAACUGGAACACGCUCUUCUGCCAUCAUGAAAUGACUUUUUCUUGCAAUGCAUGGGUUUGUUUUUCGGUCACGCUAUAUCUCAUCAUACGUGUGUGUGUGUGUGUGUGUGUGUGUGUGUGUGUGUGUGUGUGUGUGUGUGUGUGUGUGUGAUUCACGUGUAAUCUAGUUGAAUAUUGUUGUGUUUCCUCUGAUAGCACUCACUGUUGAAGCAGGUUUUCUUUCUUUAACUGUAGUACAUAUGCUGAAAGGAGAUAUUUCUUUCACUUGUUGUGAAUAGUUUCUCACUUGCUAAAGGUGAAUGGCUCCUGUUAUACACAACACACAGGACUAGUGCGCGGCGCGCUGCCUAAUAAUAAUGUUCUAGUUCAUCUAAACUUGAAAGCGAAUGCUUUAGAUGCUUCAGUAAGCCAGCGGUGUGCGUGUCAGAUAUCUAGAAUGCCAGACAAUAAUCCAGUACAGUUUUCCCAUACUUUUGCAAUAAGUCCAGCCGUUUGUGUCGUUUUGUAAGUGUACGUGAGUCUGUAUGGCUCUUGUCAGUAAUAUUGAAGCGUUAAUCAAUAUAGAAGUGUUUGUUUCUUGUACCCAUGUUAAGUAAUGAUGCCACACAUACUUUAUUAUUCGAGGGGCCUAGUUGAGACAAGCAUGCAGGGACAUUAAUCCUCGAUGAGUGUACAGAUGAAUAUAUGAAGCUGUAGGUUUCUCAGGGUCAAAGAUUGAAGUGAGGUUAGUGUGUACUUACAGUAUGAAGACAUACACUGAGGUGUGUUCCACAGUUUGGGUAGAUGAAGGCGUGUUAUCAGUAGUGCUUAUUAACUGACAGUUAACAGUAUGACUAUUUCUCAUCCAUAGCGUUUGUGAUGUGAACAGUAUGAAACUUCAGCGCAUAACACACUGUAUGUGCUAUAAAACGUGAAACGAGAGCUCGCAUGAAAAGUUUUCCGUCAUCUGUCAGUAUUAUUGAAACAAUGUUGAAAUAUUCUUUUGUAUUCACCACUGACUUUUAGAAUAGUGGAUUCAUUGCAUUGGGCACUGAAAGUUUCAAACAGAGUCAAGACAUCCUCAACAGUGAAGCGACUGAUUCUUCAUCUGAGGAUUAAAGAUUCACACACACUUUGGAUUGGAUGAAUGCUGGAAAUGUGUCGUUUGAUUUGAAAUGUGGUCUAAUAAGUUAUUUAAAUGGGAUGCACUCCCUCUUGUAUGUUUCACUAUGGCUUGAUGUACUGUACCUUCAUAUGUAUGAAAUUAAAUAUAUUAAAGAAUAUGACACAGAGAGCGUCUGAAGCGUGUC